AUGGCAAAUCGGGAAAGGGGUUUCCCCGGUGUUGCGCAGUCGAAAUGUGAGAUUUGGUUUGAGCGGGAGGUGGUAAAGGAUGUAGUAGGUAGAGGUGGGAGCUUUGGUGGUAAUGGAGGAGAAGAUGUUGGAGGUGGCUUAGGUAAAAGUGGAGGCUUUGGAGUUGGGGACGGUGUUGGUGGCGAGGCCGGAGGUGAUAUUGAUGAUGGUGGUGGUGGAGUAGAAGGAGAAGGUGGAGUUAGUGGUUCUUCACUUCUUCUAGCCAUGAUGGAGGCUUUGGUGUUGGAGAAGGUGGUGUUGGUGUUGGUGCUGGUGCUGGAGGAGGUGAUGGUGGUAGGGUGGAGGUGGAGGCAGAGGCAGAGUAAAUGA